GUGUUCACCGUUUGAAAUCCUCUAUCUGCCGCAGAGCGAGGGUCGUCAGAACUCAGAGCCAAGACCAGCCAUGGCCACCGCCACGACGGCGCGCACGUACGUCGACUUCGUGCCGCCGCACAGCCUGCGGGAGGAGCCCGACAAGGUGGCCCUCCGCGUCGACCUCUCCGCGGAAGGGUUCAGGAAGGAGCAGAUCAGGGUGCAGAUCGACAACUUCGGGAGGCUGUGGAUAGCCGGCGAGCGGCCGCUCGACGCGGACGGCAGGAGGUGGAGGCGCUUCCACAAGGAAUUCCAGGUCCCCGACACCUGCGACGCCGCAGCCAUCCGCGCGAGGCUCGACAAGGACGGCAUCCUCCUCAUCACCAUGCCGAAGCUGUCAGCGGCGGCGGCAGCAGCCGAGGAGCCGAAGUCGCCAGGUGCGGACAUGGGUGGUGACGCCGCCGCUGGCCAGGACCAUGAUCCUGCAAGUCACGCCAGUGCACAGCAAGCGGGAACUGCUGCUGAAGAAGAGAAAGGCCAGAAGGAGGAGGACGCCGGGGCGGCCAUGGACCGUCCAGGCCAAGACGACGAACACCACACAAGCAGCGACAACGCCGCGGCUGCACCUGCCGCUCGCCAGCCGGCAGCGUACGGCUUCGCCAAGGACAGGAGGAGGAUGCUACUGGCGAUCUUUGCCGUGAUGCUGGCCCUGGUUGGCGCCGGCCUAUUGGCGAGGUACAGGUUGACUAUGGAUCAAUCGGCCGAGACGGCGCCGUCAGGCAACAGCAUCGUCAGUCUCUCGGACAGUUGAUCGUGCUGCAGCAGUGAACAUGCCUCAUGCGUCUGAAUAAAAUGCAAACGUGGUAGUAGUCGAUUACUGUACAUAUACAUGACUGCCUAUUGUAAUGCAAAAGGAAAAGAAAACAGAGUUCAA